AUGGAGGACCCGGCGUCCUCUCCAUCCUCAAGCACUUUUCGACUGGACUCCCCCUCAGCAAGCACGUUGCUUUGCACCGCAGACACAUUGGAAGGCCUUGCAAAGCAGCUGGAGAAUCUCAAAGACGACUCUGACGCCAGUGGUGGCGAUGGGGAGGUACUGAGAUGCUGCUGUGGAGCUGCUGUAGGGGACGAGGGUAGCGAGUGUCGCAUGAUGAAGGACAAGCAGAGGAUGGAGGAUAAGCUGAAAAUGAGUGGCGAACUUGGUACAGCUUUGCUACAACGGUACGAAGCUUUGGAGAAAAAGAAUCGAAAAGAGGGAGAACGGCAUCAACAAUUGAUUGAAGUCAAACGAACUGCUCUAGCAGACAGCGUCAAGCGCGUUCACAACUUGGAGAAAGCCAACACUACGCAUAUGCAAAAAUACGCAGAGAUGUCGAGAAAGAUGGAAGUCGUGGAGAAGCGUUACGCCGAAGCCAUGCACACCCAGACACUCACCCAGCAAUCCCUCACGCAUGUCCGCUCCGAGUUGACCAAUCUGAGAGAUACCAACGCCCGACAGACUGUUGCGCUGGCUUCAAGAGGCGGUGUGGAAGAAAGACUGCUCGAUGCGGAAAAGAGAUUCGAAGAAGCACGCGACCUCGCGGCAGAAGAGACGAGGAAGCUGAGGGAUGAAAGAAGAAAAGUCCAAAGGGCAGAAUCGAGGAUCGCAGAGCUUGAGACGCAGCUCAGGAUAGCCACGAAAGAGGCGGACGCUGUUCGCGAGGCGAGAGCACAAGAUGCACAGGAUCUUCUUGCGAAUGCUAAGAAGCGUCUGGAAACCUUGCACGCUGAGCUUUCCGAGGUCUACAACGGAAAGUCGCCCGAGCACGUACCCGAGCACCAGAGGAUCCUCGAGGAGCUUGUCGCCAACAACGCAUUGCUGAAACACGAUGCCGCCGAGCUCUCUCAUACACUUGUGGAAUCUCGUGAUGAGGUGCGCACCCUCAGAGACGAAAUUGAAACUCUUCGCGCAUCCAUCGGCUCGUCCCGACUGGCUUCUCCUAUGGACCAAUAUCCUCGCCUCGCCCAUGAGCUUAGUCCUCGUUUCUCCCAUUCACGCACCGAGUCUACUCCUAUACCGGGAUGGAACCAAUCGAGGCUCAGCCCUUGGGAGCAGAGUCGUAAACUUUCUACCGGUAUCGCUGGGCUAGGCAUGGGCCCAAUAGGCGAGGCUGAAGGGAGCGUUGCCUCAGACGAUGUCAGAUCUACGCCGGUCUCACCCGUCGUGGAGAGUCCCCAACAAGAAACGAGACCUUCACCAGGAGGUGGAAUAGGAUACAUGGUCAAUGGGGUUCUCAAACAUCGACCUGCGUCUGCCAGAUUCAGUGGCGACUCGCGUGUCAUGAGGAAUUAUGCUUCACGCACAAUCGGCUCCAUUGAUGAGACAACGUCACAGGACGAACCUCAAUCGCCUGGCUCAGACUACUUCCGCGCCGCUGAUAUCAGUCGAAAACGCCGCUCUCUGAGGCUCUCCCGCCAGUUCACCCCAUCUCCCAACGACAUUUCAGAUUACUCGCCGAAUGCCUCGACCAUGGUGGACCAAUCCACCUCAGUCGAUCUCCCUUCCCCCGUCUCCGAAUCUGCCGUUCCGGAAAGAAAAUUUGAAAGUCCGAAGCAGGCGUCUAGGAGGACGCUGCUACUUUUGACAAAGUCCAGAGGCGUGCAGACAGAUCCGAUGCCGGAAGAGAAAGUGGCAAGUGAACGAGGACGAACACAGAAGAUCACCACUGCUUCGUCAUCAAGAGACACCUCGGCCACCGGCGGCAGCAGUGCUUUUGCAACACCAAAUCCUGAAGACGGCCCUGCAAGCUCGCUUCUGGUGGUUGUCGAGCAUAUGAGCCGCAUCCUGGCCAAGCUACGUGCUGCCGACGUGCCUACCCUCAACAAACGUCUGAAAAAGGCCAAUCUGUCCGGGGACGUCAUGCAUCUCUCACAGACGACUCUCCGUUCUCUUCAACAAGAGAUCAGCGAGGUACGCCACCAUUUCCGAGGUAUACACAACUUUGGCAUGAUCGAUCCUCGCGAUUUCAACCUUCUUCUUCGUCUUAUGAAGGACGUCUUCAAUGACCUGGUUGAACUCCAGGCGGUUGUGAACGACGUCACCAUCACGCCGGCUGUGGCAAAGAAGCUUCAGCGAGCUGCCUACAGGGCCGAAGAAGACGAGGCUGCCAAAGCAAGCAACGUAUCAUCUGGUCUGGGCUGGAUCGCAGCGCCCAUCACCAAAUUCUUUGUCACUCCCGCAGACGCUGAAGGCGAUGCAGCAAACGAUACCAGCCCCAGUCUCGCAGCGGUCGCAGGCCUCGACAGAGGCAAGUCUAUGACUAUGCCCAGGAAGGCUGUGCCAAAGCAGCAAGCGAUGGCGAGUGCAACUGCGACCCACGUGAGCGUCAAUUUCGGUGGGGCGGGGAUGGUGAGAAAGAUUGCGCCUGCAGUGGGCCUAUCGGGACCUGGGGGUGAAGCACUGUCGAGUCCUGUGCCCCCUGUGGAUCAGAGGGCGGUGUCCGGGCCAGCGACUCUAGGAAGAUCAAAUGAGGGACUAGCGCCGCCGCAGACCAUCAGAACGCUAAGGAGCGUCAAGUCCAAGGCGAAUCGGAAUGAUCUGCUAGGGAUAUUCGCAGGUGCCGCCCCUCGAUCUUCCACCCCAGAACCCUGGACGGUAGUCAAGCCUCCAGGUGCAGGCUCAAGAGCCGAUAGAGGCCGUCAGCCUGAGGAACAGACCGUCAGACCUUUCGCUAUGGACAGGAAGAAGCUAUCAUCGGCCGUUGACGCUGUCAUCGAUCAGUCUGCCAUCGAAGAGGACGAUGAUGUGGCGAUAGCUGGGAGCUAUGAACCACCACUUCUCGAAAGACAACUACGCCCCCGUGGCUUGUCGGAUAGCAGCAUUCGGUCAACUACUGUCAGUCUCGCAAGGGAUUUCACCCACGAUAUUCCGGCAGCGGCUCCAGCACCUAAUAGAGCUGCUGCUUACGGUACCACUCCAUCGACAAGCGGCUCAGUGUUCCAGACGCUAUCGAAAAAGUUCUACAGCUUCCGUGCUCCCGAGACACUCUCGCCGGAGCCCAAAGAUAGUUCCCAGUUGGACAGUACACCAUCCAAGCCACCCUUGAUCACCAAACAAACCCCUUCUCCUGCUCGCCCGAUACCUCGCUCUCCAUCUCGAGCGUCGUCCGUUUCGACUACAACCUCUUCCACCCGGGGCGAUCGUUCGUCACGCCAGACGGGAGCGUCGCCUGUCACGGCCAGCUCUUCACAGACGAGGUUCUUUGGGUAUAUUGCCAACUCGUUAGCACCUGGUUCAGAGGCGCUGAAGCAGGGUAUGGAAGGGGAGCAGGAAUUCGUGGGAGGGAAUUUCAGGCAGGGAGCUAUGUUAGGGCACGCGAGGCUGGAUAGCGGCAAGCAGAGGAACAUCUAG